CCUCUCUGGAUUUCCCCUUUUCCGUUUUCUUCUUCUUCUUCUUCUUCUUCACAGUUUCACAGUUUCUCUCUCUCUCUCUCUUCUCCACAUUCCCUUCUCAAUCCUCCAUGUCCAAGCAGACCUACAGAGUGUGCUUCUGCUUCCGCCGGCGCUUCAAGCUCACUGCCGGCGAGGCCCCCGACGAGAUCAAGAAUCUCUUCGACCGCUACUCCGAGAAUGGGAUCAUGACCCCCGAUCACCUCCAGAGGUUCUUGAUCGACGUCCAGAAGGAGGUCAAGACCACGCGUGAGGACGCCCAGUCCAUGAUUGAGCGCUGUACUCACGAGCUCAAGCACUUGAGUAUCUUCCAUCGCAAGGUCCUCAAUCUCGAGGCCUUCUUUAAGUACCUCUUCAGCGAUCUUAACCCUCCGCAAGACUCUCUUGGGGUGCACCAUGACAUGAGUGCUCCUUUGUCGCAUUAUUACAUAUAUACAGGUCACAACUCCUAUCUGACUGGGAACCAGCUCAGUAGUGACUGCAGUGAUGUGCCCAUCAUUCAAGCCCUGCAGCGAGGAGUUAGAGUUAUUGAAUUGGAUAUAUGGCCCAAUUCGUCAAAGGAUGAUAUAGAUGUUCUUCAUGGCAGGACGUUGACUACCCCUGUGGAGCUCAUUAAGUGUUUGAAAUCUAUUAAGGAGCAUGCCUUUGUUGCAUCUGAAUAUCCAGUUGUGAUAACAUUGGAAGACCACCUUCCUCCUAAUCUUCAAGCUAAAGUGGCUGAGAUGGUAACAAAUACAUUUGGAGACAUCCUGUUCUCUCCUGGUUCUGAAUGCUUGAAGGAGUUUCCUUCCCCUGAAUCACUGAAGAAAAGGAUUAUUAUAUCAACUAAACCACCUAAGGAGUACCUUAAGACCAAAGAAGUUCCAAAGGAGAGUGAGUCACAGAAGGAAAAGACUCCUGGUGAGGCUAAAGAAACAUCAGCAUGGGGUAGAGAAGUGUCAAGCUUGAAAUGUGGUACUGUAACUGACUACAAGCAAGAUUUGGAUGAAGAUAGUAAUGAUGAGGAAGAUACUGAGGAUGGAGAUCUCAAGUCUUCACAGAAUCUUGCACCUGAAUAUAAAAAUUUAAUUGCCAUUCAUGCGGGAAAGCCUAAAGGUGGAAUUGAUGCAUGCCUCAAGGUGGAUCCCGAGAAAGUUAGACGCCUGAGUUUGAGUGAGCAACAACUAGAAAAGGCAGUGCUUACUCAUGGAAAACAAAUUGUAAGGUUUACUCAGCAGAACAUUUUGAGAGUCUAUCCAAAGGGGAUCAGGUUUGACUCAUCCAACUAUAACCCUAUGAUUGGGUGGACCCAUGGUGCUCAAAUGGUUGCACUUAACAUGCAGGGUUAUGGAAGGUCACUAUGGUUGAUGCAUGGGAUGUUCAAAGCUAAUGGUGGGUGUGGUUAUGUAAAAAAACCAGAUUUUAUACUGAAGCCUGGUUCAGAUGAUGAGAUCUUUGAUCCUAGAGUUAGGUUGCAAGUGAAAAUAACUUUGAAGGUGACUGUUUAUAUGGGAGAAGGAUGGUACUACGAUUUUCAUCACACGCACUUUGAUGCUUACUCUCCACCCGACUUUUAUACGAGGGUAGGCAUUGCUGGAGUUCCAGCUGACACGGUAAUGAAGAAAACAAAAACAUUAGAGGAUAACUGGGUGCCUGCUUGGAACGAGGAGUUUGAGUUUCCAUUAACCGUUCCUGAACUCGCUUUGCUUCGCAUCGAGGUUCACGAGUACGACAUGUCUGAAAAGGAUGAUUUCGGAGGCCAGACAUGCCUGCCCGUUGCAGAACUAAGAAGAGGGAUUCGAGCAGUUCCACUCCACGACAUCAAGGGAGAGAAGUACAAAUCCGUCAAGCUUCUGAUGGGGUUUGAUUUUGUUUGACAACGAAGGCAAGUUCCACUACAUCAUAAUAAAUAAUGUACAGCUUCAAAUUAUUAAGCUUUUGUUCCUUAAUUCUAUUCUGUUAUUAUUGGUAUUGUUUAGUUUUGCCUUUUGUGAGGAUCCAUUAGCCGAGUAUCAUGAUAUAUGUAGUGCUGUUGUUUAUGGUUGUGAUAAAUGGGAGAAGGCUGCAUUUUCACUGUUCAAUUGUAUGAUCAAGUGUACUGUUUUUGUUUGGUUUUUCUGUUGGGAAUUGACUGUUCCAACAGAUGUCUGUCCAAAAAGUUUUAUAGACACUGCAGAAAUUUGUCUGUUGGGACCCCCACACAUGUGUGCGGAUUAUAAAAAUAUUAUUUUGGAUUUUCUUCU